AUGGCCGACUCAUUACACACUGUUGUCGAACGCGAUGGCAUCCUUCCCAAUAUCGUUUACAAGGUCAGCAUUCCCAUGACAGACGCCGCUUGGGUCAGCUACAACCAAGUUCUCGCUACAUUCGGGUUCGCCAAUGGUGUGAAUGACAUGCUCAUUGCGGGCUCCGACAAUUUCGACAAGUACACAUACAUGAUCGAUGAUGUGAGCGCAGAACACGAGCAAGGCUGGAAGGUACUAGCGAGUUCAAGUGAGAGGAACCUCGACAUGGCAAGACUUUCGCAAGAGCUGGUGCAGAUCUGGAAGAAUACGUGGAUCGAGAAUGGAUCUGGCUAUGUCGGAGUGGCCAAGGAUAUUGUGCAAUAA